AUGGAUUCUCAACUGCAUCCCGCCCAGCGAACGCGCAUCCCGCCGUUCUCGAUUCUCGCACUCGACGCCACUCUCGCCGCGGUGAACUUCGUCGCGCCACUGCUUGGUCAGAUCGUGUGGUUCAUCAUGUUCUUCACGGCUAUUGCGGUCCCGUUAGACGCCAACAACCAGUUCGCGCCAGCAUUGGAGUUACGGCUCGCGGGCGUGUUGCUGUCGGUACCAGCAGGCGUGCUGGUCGCGCGUGUUCUAGGGCACUGGUUACUGGAGGGGAUAGUUGUGCCGGAGCUAUGUUACUGGCGCAUGCGGUUGUUGGAAGAGGAUGCGGCUCGAUGGAUUGCUGAGCAGAAGGCUUCGAGCCAUGCAAGGUCGUCCACGUCUGGGACCGUCCUGGUCUCCGAAACGCAAGGCGCGGACGGAAAGGUGAUAUCGGGCGAGGAUGAGCCGAUCCGACGCUCGAUUAGUCCGGUGGACUCGCUCCAUGACUUGUCGCCAUUUGAGGAGAUGGAGCGGCAAGAUCUCAUCCGGCAAUGGCAGGCUGGUCUGUAG